AAUACCUUGGCAGGGAACCCUUGGACCAUCUGUGCGCUUCCAUUUCCUCGGACCAGCCAAUGUCCCAACUUUGCAAUCCAAGGGAUCAGAAAAUGGCUUUCAUCCCAUCAUCCUAUCGUGAUCCGUUUCUCCCCACGCCCGUGGGUGUUGUCGGCAAGGAUAUGGCAGUGACGUAGUGAGGCUGUGUUUUCACCCGAUUUCCGUCCAAAUGGGUAUAUAAGUCCUCGUCUGUUCUUGCCAAGACUCGCGGGACUAUUUGGACAAAACGCCAAGAUCAGAAACGGAAAGAAGACUUUUUUUCAAACAAAGCGCACCUUUUUGGAUGCCAAGAUGCUUGUCCGCGCAGUGGUCCUUGCGGCAAUCUCGCAAGUGGUGAGGUGCAUCCCCGUGGGCGCGGCUGAUGCUGGCCAAGAGUGCGUGUUUGGCGGCUCCGACGGCGUCGCCAGGAUCGGCAUGUCCAAGGCCUCAUGUUCGUCUUUGGUCAUCUCGGCGAUGGAGAUAGCCGCCGGGGAGACUCUGGAUUUGACAAACCUCCGAGAGGGUUCCACUGUCAUUUUCCGCGGAACCACGAGCUUUGACCACGCAGAGGGUGGCGGCCACGUCUUUUCAAUCUCGGGGUCGAGGAUAAACAUCCACUGCGACCAGGACUGCACGCUCCUCGGGCCGGGGGCGCAAGCCCUGAUUGGCGGCGGGAGGUCCAGUUCUCUGUUCCACCUCGAGAACCUCGUGGACUCUUCGAUCGCCGGCCUCAACAUCAAGAACGCUCCCGCGCAUGGGUUCCUGCUCAACAAUGUGCAGAACUUAUCCAUAAGGAAUGUGAGCGUCGAUGGGGGUGCUGGCGGCGGAACCGGCAGGGGCGCGGCGGGCUUCACAAUCUCCAACAGCAGCAACGUGGUCAUUGACGGGUCAACCGUGCGGGGCCAGGACGGCUGCGUGGCCGUGGACAGUGGAAGCAACAUUGCAUUCACCAACGGCCUCUGCUCCAACGGCAACGGCAUCACCAUCGGCCCGGCCGGCAGGUCCACGACCACAACCGCCAUCUCCAACAUCACCGUGUCGGACACCACCAUCGAAAAGGCCCGGGUGGCCGCCAUCCAGGUGCAGAGCGACGCGGGCGGGUCGGGCGCCAUCGACGGCGUCACCUUUCGCAACAUCCUCAUCGACGGCGGCGGGGCGUCCGGGUCCGGCAUCGUGGUCAACCAGGCCUUUGACAGCAGGGACCAGACCCUCACGCCGCCAAACGGCGUCACCAUCUUCGACCUGAGGAUGCGCAACGUCACGGGGACGGUGGGCCAAGGCGCGGCGAAUGUUUCCAUCAGGUGUGGGUUGGGCGACUGCCACGAUUGGAGCUGGGAGGGGGUGAGCGUGACUGGCGGUGGCAGGGCGGUCGAUUGUGUCAAUCUGCCCAAGGGCGUGUCUUGUUGAUGGGUCAAAAUGCGUUUUAGUUGUAUGAGUAAUCGGAUUAGAGCCUUGAUGAUGACAGUACUAGCUUGUGUUUAUACAUGCCCUCCCUGCAGCUACCCGGCCCAUCCAGCACUUCUUAGAGGGCUCAGGGCUGGUCGUGG